UGCAUUGCGAAAAACAUCAUUUUUAGCGGCAUAACGUAGCUAGCAAAUUAGCUAUUGAAGACCGAUAAAAUAUUGUUCAUUAAGGUUAUACAAGGUUACAGUGUGUGUACACGUCGCCCGGUUUCAGGUCACUGCACCUCCCAAGAUGUCGUACCCCCCUCACCUGAACCGCCUCCCCCAGUUGCCCCCCGGGAUUUGCCCUCCCCAAUUCGCGGGGUUCCCCCAGGGAGUACCAGCAGGUACGCCCAUGAUUCCAGUCCACAUGGGGAUUAUGACCUCUGCACCCGCUGUCCUGGUUCCUACCACAGUGUCUAUGGUCCAGAUGUCUCCUGCCCCUAGGAAGGAACUGAACCCAGUCAGAGUCAAGGAGAACGAGGAGGGGGGCGGUGGAGGCCCCACCACUACAGUGUUUGUCGGAAACAUCUCAGAGAAGGCUUCAGACAUGCUGGUCAGACAGCUGUUAGCGAAAUGUGGCCUGGUCCUGAGCUGGAAGAGGGUCCAAGGGGCUUCUGGGAAACUGCAAGGUAAAAACAAAACAGCGUUUGGUUUCUGUGAGUACAAGGAGCCAGAGUCCACCCUGCGUUCCCUGCGUCUGCUACAUGAGCUGCUGCUGGGAGACAAGAAGCUGCUGGUCAAGGUGGAUGCCAAGACCAAGGCCCAGCUAGAAGAAUGGAAGGCUAAGAAGAGGAGUGCCAACGGGGGAGCCAAGUCUGAGGACGGGCCCAAGGAAGAAGAGGAUGAGGAAGAGGUUCUUGACGAAGACACAAAGCGUCGUGACCAGAUAGUAAAAGGGGCGAUCGAGGGGUUGAUCCGGGAGUUUGGCAGUGAGCUCAACGCCCCUUCUCAGGACGGGGACAACCAGCCCCGCAAGAAGAAGAGAGAGAAGAAAGAGGAGGAGGACAUCAAUGUGAUGGACAUAGAAGAUGACAAAAGAGACCUGAUAUCCAGAGAGAUCAGUAAAUUCCGAGACACUCACAAGAAACUGGAGGAGGAGAAGGGAAAGAAAGAGCAGGAACGGCAAGAGAUCGAUAAGGACAGGAGGGAGAGGGACAAAGAAAGGGAGCGAGAGAGGGAGCGCCGGGACCGCGAGAGGGAGAAGGAGAGAGAGAAGGAGAAGGAACGAAACGACAACAAGGAGAGAGAGCGGGACAGAGACCGGGAUCGAGACCGGAUCGAUCGGGACCGUGAACGAACGAGGGAGAGGGGAGACAGAGGAGAGAGGGAGCGCGUGAAAGAGAGAAGUCGAGAAGUCAGCAAAGACCGCAGUGGAUCCAGAGAACGGAGCCGCGAUGAGAAGAAACACGACCGCGAGGAGGAUCAGGAGGAGGCGUACGAACGCAGGAAACUGGAGAGGAAGAUGAGGGACAAAGAGGUUGCCUACCAGGAACGUCUGAAGAACUGGGAGAUGAGAGAGAGGAAGAAGGCUCGGGACUACGACAAAGAGAACCAACGAGAGGACGAGAGACGGCGUGAGAUGACAAAAGAAGGCAAGCGUCUGAAAGAGUUCCUGGAAGAUUAUGACGAUGACAAAGACGACCUGAAAUACUACAGGGGUAGUGCUUUACAGAAGCGUCUGAGAGAUCGUGAGAAGGAGACGGAGCUGGAUGAGAGAGACAGGAAGAGGGAGAAGGAGGAGCAUGAUCAGAUCAGACAGAGACUGUUAGCUGAGGGACACCCAGACCCUGAGGCCGAGCUGCAGAGGAUGGAGGAGGAGGCAGAGCGGAGGCGGCAGCCCCCAGUGAAGCCGGAGCCAGAGGAGGAGGUGCAGCAGGAGAAACCAAACCGGGACAGGGAGCACAGGGAGCACCGAGAGAGGGAGCACCGAGAGAGGGAGCACCACAGGGACAGGAGAGGAGGAGGAGGAGGAGGAGGAGAAGACAGGCCUCCUCUCCAGCACCUUCAACCCCAAUCAGACGAUGACUUGGAGGAAGGGGAGGAGCUUGAUGAUUGUGACAGGGAGGACUCGUCAGAUGCCAGGCCAAACCCAAACCUGAAGCCCACGAUGCGGCCAAUCACAUCGGCCCCCUCGGUGUCGUCGGGCAGCGGCGGCGCCACACCCAACUCCCCCGGCAACGAGUCUCCCUGCGGCAUCAUCAUCCCUCAUGAAAAUUCUCCUGAAGCCCGGCCCACUGAGGAACAGCAUCCCAAGGUUGGCCUCAGCCUCAAACUGGGCGCCGGCGCCAGCCCCAACCAUCAGAUCCACACUGGGAGUAAACGUAAGAAGCUGUCCAAUGUCGACAGCGUCUUCAACAAGUUUGGAGAGGAGGAGGCCGACGAGGCGCCUCGUAAACGUAAGCUGGUUCCGCUGGACUACGGUGAGGAUGAUAAGAGUUUGGGUCUGGACGGGGCAGAGGUACCUGGAGGGAAGGGAGGACCAAACACAGAGGAGAAACGGAAACACAUCAGGAGUCUGAUUGAGAAGAUUCCUACAGCCAGACCCGAUCUGUUCAACUACCCUCUGGACUGGACUGCUGUGGACUCGACUCUGAUGGAGCGUCGUAUCAGGCCCUGGAUCAACAAGAAGAUUAUCGAGUACAUCGGAGAGGAGGAAGCUACGCUAGUCGACUUUGUCUGUUCUAAGGUGAUGUCACACGGCACACCGCAGGGGAUCUUGGAUGAUGUUGCCAUGGUUCUGGACGAGGAGGCAGAAGUGUUCAUAGUUAAAAUGUGGAGGCUGUUGAUCUACGAAACAGAGGCCAAGAAGAUUGGUCUGGGGAAAUGAAGACUAGGACUACAGUACUACUAUCUAGGACUACAGUACUACUAUCUAGUACUACUAUCUAGGACUACAGUACUACUAUCUAGGACUACAGUACUACU